GUAGUAAAUGAUUGAGAAAAUGUAAGGAAAUGCUAUGUCCUCGUAUAGGCAAAUUCGAGUCCUGCGGAUGGCGCACAGCGGAAGCUGUUGCGCGCAGCAGUAGUAACAGCAGCAGAAAGACACUAGACACGCAGAUCUAUGUUGAGCAGAAUGCACAGUACGUUUCACAUGAUAUCAGCCAGCACAAGAUGCGAUCAAUAGAAAUGCUGCACAGUCGACGAACUACGCUUCUUUCUUAA